AUGACUGUAGCGGUAAUCACUGUGGUGGUGAUGCCUGCGGCGGCGGUGAUCACUGUAGUGGCGAUGCCUGUAGUUGUCAUCACUGUACUGGUAAUCACUGUGGUGGUGAUGCCUGUGGUGACAGUGGUCACCACAGGCAUCACCACCACAGGCAUCACCUGGCCUGUAGUGCUAAUCAGUUUGGAGGUGAUGACUGAUUACCACCACAGGCAUCACCACUACAAUGAUUACCACCACAGGCAUCACCACUACAGUGAUCACAUUGUAGUGGUGAUGCCUGUAGUUGUGAUCACUGUACUGGUAAUCACUGUAGUGGUGAUGCCUGUAGUUGUGAUCACUGUACUGGUAAUCACUGUAGUGGUGAUGCCUGUAGUUGUCAUCACUGUACUGGUAAUCACUGUAGUGGUGAUGCCUGUAGUUGUCAUCACUGUACUGGUAAUCACUGUGGUGGUGAUGCCUGUAGUUGUCAUCACUGUAGCGGUAAUCACUGUGGUGGUGAUGCCUGUAGUUGUCAUCACUGUAGUGGUAAUCACUGUGGUGGUGAUGCCUGUAGUUGUCAUCACUGUAGCGGUAAUCACUGUGGUGGUGAUGCCUGUAGUUGUCAUCACUGUACUGGUAAUCACUGUAGUGGUGAUGCCUGUAGUUGUCAUCACUGUACUGGUAAUCACUGUGGUGGUGAUGCCUGUAGUUGUCAUCACUGUAGCGGUAAUCACUGUGGUGGUGAUGCCUGCGGCGGCGGUGAUCACUGUAGUGGCGAUGCCUGUAGUUGUCAUCACUGUAGUGGUGAUGCCUGUAGUUGUCAUCACUGUAGUGGUGAUCACUGUAGUGGUGAUGCCUGUAGUUGUCAUCACUGUACUGGUGAUCACUGUAGUGGUGAUGCCUGUAGUCGUCAUCACUGUACUGGUAAUCACUGUGGUGGUGAUGCCUGCGGCGGCGGUGAUCACUGUAGUGGCGAUGCCUGUAGUUGUCAUCACUGUAGUGGUGAUGCCUGUAGUCGUCAUCACUGUACUGGUAAUCACUGUGGUGGUGAUGCCUGCGGCGGCGGUGAUCACUCUAGUGGCGAUGCCUGUAGUUGUCAUCACUGUAGUGGUGAUCACUGUGGUGGUGAUGCCUGUAGUUGUCAUCACUGUAGUGGUGAUCACUGUGGUGGUGAUGCCUGUAGUUGUCAUCACUGCAGUGGUGAUCACUGUGGUGGUGAUGCCUGCAGCGGCGGUGAUGCGUGUAGUGGCGAUGCCUGUAGUUGUCAUCACUGUAGUGGUAAUCACUGUGGUGGUGAUGCCUGCGGCGGCGGUGAUCACUGUACUGGUGAUCACUGUAGUGGCGAUGCCUGUAGUUGUCAUCACUGUGGUGGUGAUGCCUGUAGUUGUCAUCACUGUAGUGGUGUUCACUGUGGUGGUGAUGCCUGUAGUUGUCAUCACUGUAGUGGUGAUCACUGUGGUGGUGAUGCCUGUAGUUGUCAUCACUGUAGUGGUAAUCACUGUAGUGGUGAUGCCUGUAGUUGUCAUCACUGUAGUGGUGAUCACUGUGGUGGUGAUGCCUGUAGUUGUCAUCACUGUAGCGGUAAUCACUGUGGUGGUGAUGCCUGCGGCGGCGGUGAUCACUGUAGUGGCGAUGCCUGUAGUUGUCAUCACUGUAGUGGUGAUGCCUGUAGUUGUCAUCACUGUAGUGGUGAUCACUGUAGUGGUGAUGCCUGUAGUUGUCAUCACUGUACUGGUGAUCACUGUAGUGGUGAUGCCUGUAGUCGUCAUCACUGUACUGGUAAUCACUGUGGUGGUGAUGCCUGCGGCGGCGGUGAUCACUCUAGUGGCGAUGCCUGUAGUUGUCAUCACUGUAGUGGUGAUCACUGUGGUGGUGAUGCCUGUAGUUGUCAUCACUGUAGUGGUGAUCACUGUGGUGGUGAUGCCUGUAGUUGUCAUCACUGCAGUGGUGAUCACUGUGGUGGUGAUGCCUGCGGCGGCGGUGAUGCGUGUAGUGGCGAUGCCUGUAGUUGUCAUCACUGUAGUGGUAAUCACUGUGGUGGUGAUGCCUGCGGCGGCGGUGAUCACUGUACUGGUGAUCACUGUAGUGGCGAUGCCUGUAGUUGUCAUCACUGUGGUGGUGAUGCCUGUAGUUGUCAUCACUGUAGUGGUGUUCACUGUGGUGGUGAUGCCUGUAGUUGUCAUCACUGUAGUGGUGAUCACUGUGGUGGUGAUGCCUGUAGUUGUCAUCACUGUAGUGGUGAUCACUGUGGUGGUGAUGCCUGCGGCGGCGGUGAUCACUGUGGUGGUGAUGCCUGUAGUUGUCAUCACUGUAGUGGUGAUCACUGUGGUGGUGAUGCCUGUAGUUGUCAUCACUGUAGUGGUAAUCACUGUGGUGGUGAUGCCUGUAGUUGUCAUCACUGUAGUGGUAAUCACUGUGGUGGUGAUGCCUGCGGCGGCGGUGAUCACUGUACUGGUGAUCACUGUAGUGGCGAUGCCUGUAGUUGUCAUCACUGUGGUGGUGAUGCCUGUAGUUGUCAUCACUGUAGUGGUGAUCACUGUGGUGGUGAUGCCUGUAGUUGUCAUCACUGUAGUGGUGAUCACUGUGGUGGUGAUGCCUGCGGUGGCGGUGAUCACUGUGGUGGUGAUGCCUGUAGUUGUCAUCACUGUAGUGGUGAUCACUGUGGUGGUGAUGCCUGUAGUUGUCAUCACUGUAGUGGUGAUCACUGUGGUGGUGAUGCCUGCGGCGGCGGUGAUCACUGUGGUGGUGAUGCCUGUAGUUGUCAUCACUGUAGUGGUAAUCACUGUGGUGGUGAUGCCUGCGGCGGCGGUGAUGCGUGUAGUGGCGAUGCCUGUAGUUGUCAUCACUGUAGUGGUAAUCACUGUGGUGGUGAUGCCUGUAGUUGUCAUCACUGUAGUGGUAAUCACUGUGGUGGUGAUGCCUGCGGCGGCGGUGAUGCCUGAUGCCUGUGUGCCAUCUUGGUGUCAAUGA